CAACUUUGUCAACAAAUGGUCACUAUCUUCUUUCAAAUCAGUUCAUUUAACACCCACUUCUUAGUAGCCAUCUCUUCACCCCUCAUUAAUUUGGGCAAUAUCUCAACUUCUCUUGUUCUCACUCUCUCAGUCUCUCUGGAAAUGAAUUCCCAUUUCUUCCUAUUCUGUUGUCUUUCCUUCCCAAUUCUAAUCUCAACCAUAGUCCCAGAAUCUUCUGGUUCUCGUAAGGAGCAAUACACAAGCUGCAGUCAGCCAUUCCAAUGCUCAAACAUCCCAAAUCUUGGUUACCCUUUCUGGGGAGGAAACAGGCCAGCGUCUUGCGGCCACCCGAAUUUCGAACUAGACUGCCAAAGCCAAGUCCCAGAAAUCAAAAUCAACUCCAUACCAUACCGAGUCCUCUCGAUCGAUAACCCAAUACAAACUCUCACCGUCGCUAGAACUGAAUUCUGGAACAAUCCCUGUCCGAGCCCAACCCAACUCCACAUCAACGCCACUCUAGACACGGCCCACUUGGCCUACUCCAACGAUUCUCAAAACAUGACGAUAUACUACGGUUGCCCGGCGUUUCCGUUUCCCGGCGUAACGCCUCCCAACCAGUUUUCUUGCACUACUUAUGGGACGAGUUAUUUUGUGAUAACUGGCGGUGUUGAGGUGCCCGACUUAGUUACGGCCAUUUCAGGGUGCCGUAGCAGCGUUGUUGUACAUGUUAACCAAGCGGUGACUCAGGGUUUAAUGAGCGUUCCACCUUCAAUUACUAUAAAAGAGGCUCUUGACAGUGGGUUUCGGUUGCAGUGGGACGCGAAUGAUACAAUUUGUAACGAGUGUGUCCGGUCUGGCGGGGUGUGUGGGUCUGGUUCGGGCUAUGCAUUUGCUUGCUUGUGCCCGGAUCAGGCGUAUCCGGAAGCGUGUAACUCGCCUCGAGGCGGAUCCGGUAUGUGUUCCACUAAUCUUAUUCUCACUUGUUAAGUAUUGAAGGCAUGCGCUGCUUAGAAGAUAGAAAGUCAGGGUUCACUGUGUUUGGCUGCCAUGCUCUGUUUGAUUUUUUCUUUUUCCCUCUUUUCGGUGGGAGAUGGAAUUCAUCCCCCUUCCCAGGAGUUCCUCUUGAGUUCCAAGAUACUGGUUUUCCAGGUUUUCCACCAUUGGAAAUCUGAUGGAUAGUUGAGGGAGAGAGCACAAUAAGCAUGGCUAUUGUAGGGGAGUGGAUUCGGCCAGAGUGGAAGUAGUGCCCGAGUAAUUUUUUUUUCCCUUUUUCGGUAGCUCGAUUGGUAUCCGGCUCAAUCGAUCGAAUAAUCUCUAAGCCUUUUUCUCUAACUCAGGGCAUCUCGCUAAAACAUCCUAGCCGCCGCCUCUUUUUCUUUUCCUUCUUUCCCCAAGGAUUUUCACUACCCUUAUGCAGCGGUGGGGAAGGAGGGCUUGGCCCUUGGUGUGUGUCUCCUUCAUUCAUUCGUAGUGAUAGUUUUUCUCGGUCGCUUUGAAUAAUUUCCCUUUUUCAGUGAGGGUUUUAUCUCUGAAUCUCAAAUCUGAGAGUUUCUUGAUGUUAUCCCCUAUCUUCCUUUUUCUCGGCUUUUCCUUCAUCAAUGAGAUGAUGGUUCAGAUUUUGUCAGUGGUGGUGGUGGUAAUGAUUCUCUAAUGAAAGAAGACGGUGGUGGUAGUGCUCCAAUGACGAAUCAAAUUAAUUGGUUUGUUGGCCUCGUUGUUAUGGGUGUUCGAAUUUUUAAUCAUUAGUUGUAUUAUGUGCAAAUGGGGUGACCCCUUCUUUGGCUAGGAAAGGUAGUAGUAGUUUGGGU